AUGGGUAACCCUCUCGUUCAAGCUGGAGACAAUCCAGACAUCAUAAAAGAGAGACAAGCUGGCACUUUUGAUGUUCGAAAAAUGUCCAGUUUUCUCUACGGUGGAGAGGAAUAUUUGCAGAGAAGAGCCGAAAUCUUGUCAUUUGUGAAGUCAAAGCCAGAGUUUCGCGAUCCAAUUCCAGUAGAGUUUAUGACUCGAGAAGAACGAGUAGACAAUGCUGCAAAAAAGAUUGUGGCAAUGACUGAAAAUCUCGAAGAAAUUGAUGCCUCCGACUUUUUCGGCGAAGGAAUGUACUUCCAGUCUCUAAUCAUGGGACGUGACCUCCAUCCACUCUCAUUGCACUUUGUUAUGUUUAUUCCAACAAUACAAGGACAAGCAAACGAUGAUCAGAUCGAUGAAUGGCUGUCAUUAGCAAUUACCAGAGGCAUUAUUGGCACAUAUGCUCAGACGGAACUUGGACAUGGGACGAACCUCAAAAAUCUGGAGACAACGGCCACUUAUGAUCCUAAAACCGAAGAAUUCGUCAUAAAUUCUCCGACCAUCACCUCUGCAAAGUGGUGGCCCGGUGCUCUAGGAAAAUCGUCGAACUAUGCAGUUGUGGUGGCUCAGCUGUACACACAAGGAGUUUGCCGAGGACCACAUCCGUUCAUAGUGCAACUGAGAGAUUUAGAGACGCAUAUGCCCUUGAAAGGAGUUCGAGUUGGCGAUAUAGGACCAAAAUUCGGCUUCAACUCCAGUGACAAUGGGUUCCUCCUUUUCAACAAUUACCGGAUUCCUCGGAAGAACAUGCUGAUGCGAUAUUCAAAGGUCAAAAAAGACGGAACAUUCGUAGCACCAAAGCAUUCAAAGUUAGGUUAUGGCACUAUGGUGUCCGGAGAAGUGCAAAUUCUCGAUUACCAAACUCAACAAUUUCGAUUAUUUCCGCAACUAGCAAGAGCCUUUGCAUUUAUGUUUGCAGCUUACGAGAUCCGCGAUCUCUAUAUGAAGGUGACAGAGCAGCUUACUUACGGAAACACCGAACUCUUACCAGAAAUUCAUGCUUUAUCCUCGGGGUUGAAGUCAGUAGUCUCAUGGGAAUGUGCUCAGGGCAUCGAACAAUGUCGUUUGGCUUGUGGAGGUCAUGGAUACUCCUUGGCAUCAGCUUUCCCAGAAAUUUAUGCUUAUUCAGUUGGUGGAUGCACCUACGAAGGUGAAAAUAUUGUAAUGUUGCUACAGGUUGCCAGAUUCUUAAUGAAAGCUGCCGAAGAAGUUCGACGUGGUAGCGCCCGCCUGGCAGCUAUUUGUGACUAUAUUGGUAAACAAGGUUCCAAACAUUCUUCCCUGAAAACAUGGGAUAGGUACUCUGAUGAAGAAAUAAUACACGAUUUUGAGCAUGUAGCAAGAAACCAGGUAUUCCGAGCUUACGAUGCUCUAAAACGACAUCAGCGAGAAUCUACAUUAGAAGAAGGCUGGAAUCGUGCUUCUAUAGAAUUAUGCAAGGCUUCAAGGAUGCAUGUGCGCCUAUACCUGGUCCGUAAUUUCCUUCAAAAAGUCGCCACUGCCCCAGAUGCAUCAAUCAGAGCACCAUUAACUGAUCUCACAAGACUCUAUGCAUUUGAUUUGAUAGCAGCGAGUCAAGGAGAAUUUUUGAGGGACGGAUUUAUGUCAGAAGCACAGGCAGAUGCAGUCAGGGAGGGCAUUUACAAAAGUUUGGAGCGAUUGCGACCAAAUGCUGUGUCAUUAGUGGAUAGCUGGGACUUUGACGACAUCGAAUUACAUUCAGUCCUGGGACGACGAGAUGGAAAUGUGUAUCCAGCAUUACUGGAAUGGGCACAAAGGAAUCCAUUAAACAAAACAGAGGUACUACCAACAUUCGAAAAAUACCUCGGACCAAUGAUGAAAGACGGGCGAUCAAAGUUAUAG